AUGGUGGUGGAUUUGCAAGUGGUGUUGGGUUAUGAUAGAGUUUUUACGGUGGAACCAGUUGGUUUGAGUGGUGGUUUGGCAUUGAUGUGGUCACAUAAGGUGAAUCUGUGUAUCAUAUAUGCAGAUAAGAAUCUCAUUGACGUGGAGGUCAAUUUUGGGGGAGUGAGUUUCUUUAUGUCCUUUGUAUACGGUGAGCCGGGACAUCGUGGAAAGAAGAUAUUAUGGGAAAGACUGAUGAGAUAUGGGGUGAACAGAAAAGAUUGCUGGGGUUGGGUUGGCGAUUUCAAUGAAAUCCUACACAAUGGAGAAAAGAUAGGGGGUCCAAGCAGGAGUGAGGGAUCUUUCGAGAGCUUCAGAGAUUGUGUAAGGGUAUGUGGGAUGGCUGAGCUUAGUGGUUUUGGUGAUGGGUUUACUUGGUCAGGAGUGCGAAGCAAGAAAUACAUCCAAAGUAAGCUUGGCCGGUGUUUUGGGAUUAAAGAGUGGAAGCGUAGAUUUUCCCUUUCAGUCCAAGUAUUUUUGGAAAGAAUGGGUUCAGAUCAUAAACCUGUCUUGGUGCGUUUGUUUGGACACCAACCGGGACCUCGACGAUGUUUUAGGUUUGAUAAGAGGAUGGUUGGUAAACAAAAAGUUCGGGAAUGCAUCGUGGGGGCAUGGAACAAGCAGAAUGGGAAUAAUCCGAGAUCGUUGGUGGAACGUUUUCGGAACGUGCGUAGGAGUUUGGGGAGAUGGAAGAGAGAAAGUGGCAUAAAUUCAAAGGAGAGAAUGUGUGCUCUGCCGAGUGAUCUAGAGGCAGCAUACUCAUCUGGAACUCCUGACUGGGAAAAAAUAAACUUUCUGAAAUCAGAAGUGGCACAUGCAUUUCGAGAUGAAAAAGAGUAUUGGCGCCAAAAAAGCAAAGAGAAAUGGCUAGUGGCUAGUGGGCAAGAAGCAACAAAUGCCAAUGCAAUGGCUCAAGUGGCUGUGGAGUAUUUUACUUCUUUGUUCUCUUCGGGCGAUGGCGGUGAUCAAUCUGAUAUUUUUGAUGGUUUCACUGAAAAGGUAACAGCGGAGAUGAAUGAAAGAUUAACAAGGGAGGUUACUGAUGUGGAGAUACGUGAAGCAGUUUUUGAUAUCAAAGCAUCGAGUGCACCGGGUAGAUAUGGUCUGAAUGGACUUUUCUUCCAAAAGUAUUGGGACAUCAUUAGGCCUGAUAUCACCAAGGAGAUAAGAGCUUUCUUUACAACAGGUACUUUCCCUCAGGAAUGGAAUGUCACUCAGCUAUGUUUGGUCCCGAAGGUGAUAAAUCCAGUGAGAAUGGUUGAUCUGAGACCGAUUAGUCUGUGUACGGUCGUGUACAAAGUCAUAUCCAGGGUUCUAGUUUCACGUUUGAAGCCGUGGCUGGAGAAAGUGGUCUCACCCACACAAUCAGCUUUCGUUCCAGAAAGACUGAUCUCUAAUAACAUCAUUAUAGCGCAUGAGGUGAUGCAUGGACUACGUACUCAUAAACUCUAG